ACGCAUCCUCCGACCAAGGAGAUGGUGAUCAUGCCUCAGCCGCAAUGGGGUGGAUCAAGAUGGGGCCCGAUAUAUAUCCAGCAGUCGAAGAAUAUAUCGUGCAUGGACGUGUUGAUGGCGGUGUACGAUUAUUAUAGGAUGCCCAUCACGGAGACGGAGAUGCAUGAGCUCACUAGAGGAGAUCGGCACGCGUAUGAAGUGAUCCAUGUGUCGAUGUUUGAGAGGUGUUGUUUGGAGGACGAGCUUUUCGAGUACGCAAGGCAACGAGGAAUGAACAGGGCGGACGCGAUGGGUGGAACGACGAUGUUCUGGGGAAUGUGGACGACCGUCGACGUCCAAACGAAUAGGUGGCUGAUGAACCUCGGGUUGGUA